AUGGAGGUGGAUUCUUUUGCAGAGCGACCAUUGAGUCCCUCUAUUGGGAUGUUCGAGUCUCUCAAGUCGAGGCCGAGUUCCAGCUUGCGCCGCGCUCGCCCGCCGAAUAUUGUUAUAUGCGACGAGAACAAAACCCCGUUGCGCCCAGAUCCCCGAGCAGAGAAGUCUGCAAAGCGAGAAUCUAAGGUUGGGCUGCGGAGUAUCUUUGGUCGAACCAAGUCUACGAAGACAAGAAAUGGCCAUGUCGAUGAUGUGGACGAUUCGACUGCGCCCAACGAGGCUGCAAAGUCUGGAUCUACCAAGGCAUCGUUUGCUGAUAGGCAUUGGCCAUAUAGUCUCCAAGCCUCGCGAUCUGACCUGACCUUGGCGAGUAUGCCGAGCUUGUUCUCGUCAAAGUCGAAUGGAUCUUCACUGGGUCUCCACAGGCGGGCACACGAAGGAAGCAGUAGUAGCAAGCUUAGUUCUGGUGCUUCCAGCCCGCCUGCCGAUGCCUGGAAUCCGCCUCCGCUAUUUCAAGUCUAUCCGCAAGCCAUCAUGCAUGAUACCCUGCCAGCCUGCGCUGCCUCUGCCGAAGCACUUGCAAAGCUCAAUGCCAGUCAUAAUGUACUGACAAAAGAGGAACCGAUUCCGGAAGAGGGCUCAGAAAAGAAGGAGGAAAAACCAAAGAAGCUGCACCAACGACAUGCAGGAGCCCGUGGCGCUCUCGAAUGGACCACAAAGACGUAUGCUCUUGUUACCUCUGGUUACUUGCUACAGUAUGCCGCCGACGGUCACCACGAUCGGUCGCCUGAAAAGAUUCUUCGACUUAGCAAAGAUUCGGCAGCUUUUGCGAGCGACUUGAUUCCAGGAAAGCAUUGGGUUCUGCAAGUUGUUGCAUGCAUGGACACUAGUUCGGAUUCGCGAUCCUUCAUCUCCAAAUUGGCACUUCGCGGAACUGAGAGGAAGUUUGUCUCGACCAUGCUCAUGGUUUUCGAACGCGCCGAGGAUAUGGAUGGCUGGCUGGCCGUAUUGCGAAAAGAAAUCGUGGAACUAGGUGGCAAGAAGCAACUAACAGAAACUGGAGAGGUCAAGUCAGUUGAUGUGGACGCUCAACUCAAGACAAAGAACAGUCAGAGGACCAUCGUUGUCCGUGAUCCGUCCCGUUUCUCGACCAUGGGUUCGCAAGACUUUUCAGGUCUCGCGGACGAUGAGGUGCAGGAGCAUGAUCACGGCCUCCCAAUGAUACCUACAUCUGACUUCAACCCUGAUCUAUCCAUGGACAACGGAUCGUUUACUGAAAGCCACUGUUCUUCGGAUGGACAGCGUCUCGAAAGCCUACGAGAUAGCCGGGAAAGCAAUACCCGUUUCUCCUACAUCUCCUCAAGCCAAAGAACCCAUGGCACGACUGCGAAUUCCUCGCCAUCGUGCUCGCCUACACGGACCAGCUUCUCAAGUAAACGAGGCGACUCCAAAUCUUCCCAGGGCGGCCAAACGAAUCAGACAGAGAUUCGGCUACGACCAAACUCGCAAGCGAUAUCCAUGCGCAGACAGUCGGUACAAGCUGUGAUGGCUAGCUUUGAUGCUCAACCCAACUACGAAUCGCGCCCAGGUUCCUCCGCAACAACCAAUGACGAGAGCAACCACACGUCGGCCAGACAGAGUAUUCCAAACUUUAGCAAGAGACUCUCAACGUCAUCCGCUGGGUCACAGACAACGCCGGCAGACACCCAGGUGACCCCGUUGUCUGUACUUGUCCCUUUGGUAAUCGAACCUGAGCCAACCAAGUCUUGUAGAAAGCCGCCACCAACUUUUGGCGCGUCUAGGCCACUUUCGACGGUGAUGGACCUACCCUCGCCGAGAUCUCCCCUCUCUCCAUCAUUUCCUCCUGCCAAUGCCAUGCUGGAUGCGCCAGACUCGCCAGCCAUGUUCUCUGGCUGGGCGCAACGAGAAGCUGUCCCUCAGGCCCAGGCUAAGCACCUGUCUCCCGCAGAGUCUCGCUUGGCUGCUAAGCGACUUUCAUCUUCCCCGGUACCAUCAGAUGCGCGAACUGCACCUCGUCGCUUUGGCAGCCUGACCAACUUGCGGGCAGCAGCCGAGGACGCGACAGAGUCGACCAAUGAGCAUCCUAGAUUCAUACUGUCAAGUUCAGUAGCAAGCCGGAGAGAGCAAUUUGAGUUGACUACCAGGAACAGCAAAGAAGCACCAAGGUCUUCAUCCGCCCUGGGUGCAUAUGGUUCUGAUGAGGUGUCUUCUGAGAAGCCACUGUCUAAAGCUCCCUCUUACAAACGGUCUACGAUGAUGGCUGACAAUGCUUUCCGUCAAGCGUGUCCAUUGCGUGCAAAGAUGGAAGCAACACCAAAGACAAAGGCAAGCAAACCCUCGUCGCCGCGAGAGAGGCCAAGAAGCCCCAAGUCCAGAUCUCCUUCGCAUUCACCUCAACACUUGGAUGUUGACAUCCAGGCGAAAGGUCUGGGGGUUCGCAGAAGUAUGCCUCAACUAUGUGUUGGGCCGCCUCUGUUGCCUCCUCCCAAUCGUGCCUUGCCACCGAUUCCUCAAAAGGACUAG